AUGGAAAGCGGUUUCUCCUUGGCGCGGAGAGAAGAAGAAGAAGAAGAUUACAAAAAUGAGAAAGCUACAGGGAUGAUGAAGAAAGUGAGCUACAUGGCUGCUCCAAUGGUGGCAGUUUAUAUUUCUCAGUAUCUCCUUCAAGUUAUCUCCAUGGUUAUGGCUGGUCACUUGGACGAGCUCUCUCUCUCCAGCGUCGCUAUUGCCACUUCUCUUACCAACGUCACUGGCUUCAGCUUCCUUGUUGGGUUUUCAGGUGCGUUAGAGACAUUAUGUGGUCAAGCUUUUGGAGCAGAGCAAUACAGAAAGAUUGGCUCAUACACUUACAGCUCGAUGAUAUGUCUUGUCUUGAUUUGUUUCCCAGUCUCUCUUCUUUGGGUUUACAUGGACAAAGUGUUGGAGCUUUUCCACCAAGAUCCUCUCAUCUCUGAGUUAGCUUGUAGAUACUCCAUCUGGCUCAUACCGGCUUUAUUUGGAUGCGCUCUUCUUCAACCUAUGACUCGCUAUUUCCAGUCACAAGGAUUGGUUCUUCCUCUCUUCUGGAGCUCUUUUGGAACUCUCUGUUUUCACAUUCUCUUUUGUUGGCUUCUUGUCUAUAAACUUAGAUUUGGAAUUGUCGGCGCCGCUUUGUCCAUAGGCUUUUCGCUUUGGUUAAACGUAGCUUUUCUCUGGGGGUUUAUGAGAAACUCUGCUCUGUAUCGCGAUACUAGGAAUCUUCCAACGCAAGAAAUCUUCUCGAGCAUGAAGCAGUUCAUUUCUCUUGCAAUUCCCACUGCAAUGAUGACUUGCUUGGAGUGGUGGUCAUUUGAGCUCUUGUUACUAUUGUCUGGACUCUUACCCAACUCAAAACUCGAAACAUCGGUGAUGUCCAUAUGCCUCACAACUUCACUUCUACAUUAUGUUUUCGUGGAUGCAAUAGGUGCAGCCGCAAGCACACAUGUCUCAAACGAGCUAGGAGCUGGAAAACCAAAGAUAGCUCGAGCAGCUGCAAAUGCUGCACUUUACCUUGGUGCUUUUGAUGCUUCAUUAGUAAGCAUCACUCUUUACAUCUAUCGAAAAACUUGGGCGUAUAUCUUUAGCAAUGAGGAAGAAGUCGCUCAAUAUGCAACAAAAAUCACACCGAUUCUCUGCCUAUCACUUUUUGUCUGCAGCUUUACCUCCGUGCUCUCAGGGAUUGCUAGAGGAGUAGGGUGGCAAAGUAUAGCAGGAUAUGCAAGCAUAGGAUCAUAUUAUCUAGUUGGUAUACCGGUUGGUUCAGUCUUAUGUUUUGUUGCGAAAUUGAGAGGGAGAGGACUUUGGAUUGGUAUUUUGAUAGGCUGCUUUUUCCAAACGAUGGUUCUUGCUUUUGUCACAUUUUUCACCAAUUGGGAGCAAGAGGCAACGAAGGCGAGAGAUAGAGUAUUGGAGAUGACACCAAUAGGAAACCAAGAAACAGAAAUCAUACAAGAGGAUGAGCAAGUUUUACUUAGCGAUAUUUCGGAAAAUGUGUAA